AUGACUAUUUUACGAGUCGACGACGUCUCCAUCGCUUUCACGUCGUUUUUUAUGAAACUCAUAGGAUUUUGGCUUGCUGCCAAUCGCAGUGAACAACGGCUCAGAGAUGUCACAUUGUUUUAUACCAUGUUCGCGAUUCUUUUCUCCUUGUGGGUUCAGACUAUGGAUUUCUAUCACUCCCGGGAAGAUUUUGGGGCUUGUCUUUAUAAUGCAUGCAACAUUUUGUCGCUGACAGUGCCAAUGUUUAAGAUACUCGUUCUGCUUGUGCACAAAAAGAAAUUCUUUCAUUUAAUCACAUAUUUGGAGCGAAAUUUUCUGCAUGCAAAUUAUGACAAAUACGAAACAUCGGUGUUGGCCAGUUGCAAACGUAAAUGCACCUUCUUCAUUUGUUUCUUUAUUUUCUUAACCGAAGGGACUGUUUUCUCCUACAUUGUCACUCCAGUUAUUGUGAAUAUCGGAAGGAACGAAUCUGAUAGGACACUUCCGUUCAAUAUGUGGGUGGAUCUACCAUUAUCCAUAACACCAUAUUAUGAAAUCGCUUUCGUGAUACAGGUUUUGUGCGUGUACCAUAUUGGAUUGACUUAUUUUUGCUUCGAUAAUUUCUUAUGUAUCAUGAAUAUACACUUGGCUGGGCAGUUUCAAAUAUUGCAGUACAGGGUAUCAAACAAAUGUGUUAUAAAGCACCAAGAGAAGUCGAACUUAAAAUUAGAGAAGAAUUCUUUGAAAUUUAUAAAUGAUUGUUGUGCUACUUUUAAAAGCUAUAUUCGACAGCAUCAAAUACUCAUCGCGUAUUGCGAUCAAAUUGAAGAAAUAUUUAAUCUGAUCGUACUUGUACAAGUAAUCACAUUUAGUUUAUUAAUUUGUCUUGAUGGGUAUCAGAUACUUGUGGCAGAUGUGCCUCACAGAAAAAUUAUUUUCUUCUUCCAUUUGAUGGGUACCGUGUGUCAAUUACUGAUGUUCACGUACAGUUGCGACUGUAUCAUUCAAGAAAGCCGAAAGUUGGCUCCUGCAGUAUACUCUGGACCGUGGCUUCUUUUACCAAUGAAUGAAAAUGUACAAAAAUUGAGGAAAGAUUUGGUAAUGGUCAUUAUGAGAUCUCAUACACCAUGCUGUCUUACAGCUUGCAAAUUCUUCAUGGUGUCAUUGGAAACCUACACUAAGGUUUUGACCACUGCAGCAUCAUACUUUACACUGUUGCAACAAAGCGAGGAUGUUAAUAGUUCUUGUGACCGCAUCAUUCGAGAAAGUAUGAAAUUAGCCCCGGCCGCAUAUUUUGGACCGUGGCUUCUUUUACCCAUAAGUGAAAAUGGACAGAAGAUAAAGAAAGAUUUGGUAAUGGUCAUCAUGAGGUCUAAUGUACCUUGCUGCCUCACAGGUUGUGGAUUCUUCAUGGUGUCUUUGGAAACCUACACGAAGACAAACGACAUUGGAUCGUUUGAAUUUCUUAUCAUGGAGUCGAAACACAUCACAGAUAUUUCUAUUAAUUCAGCUAUCUUUUAUUUGAAGGUGAUGGGUAUCUGGUUUGCAGUUAAUCGCAUGGAGAAAUGUUUCAGAAAUUCUAUGGCGAUAUGUUCCUUCAUCUCAAUCGUCAUCAUUAUAUCGCUUCAGUUCAGAGGUAUUUACUUUUGUUGGGAGGAUACUACUUUAAUUACUUCUUUCGCAUGCCAAGCUGUGGCUCUGACCCUAUGCCUCUUCAAGUUUUGUUUAGUGUUCAUUCAGAGAAGGAAGUUUCUUCAAUUGAUCGAGUUUAUGCAGACGAAUUUUUGGCACUCCGGUUAUGACAUCAACGAGGAAGAAAUCCUCGCUAAUGUGAGAAAAAUGUGCAUUUAUUUCGUCUGCUUCUUUACAUUUUUCUCUCAAUUAACGCUUGUCUGUUACGUCUUGAAACCUGCUAUAAUAAAUAUUGGGAAAGAUGUAUCAGAGAGGAUGCUUAUUUUUCCCAUGUGGUUAGAUGAAUCAUGGAAUAAGACGCCGUAUUAUGAAAUAGAGUACGUGAUACAGAUUUUGAUUACGUUCCAAGGCUGCGUCAGUUACCUUUGUUUCGACAAUAUCUUUUGUAUAAUGUGUCUGCACGCGGCCGGUCAAUUUCGCAUCUUGCAAUACAGAAUAAUAAAUAUUCACAAAGUAAAAGAAACACUUCAAGAUAGUAAAAAUGCAAAUAGAAGUGUGCUGUGUUUGUCGGAUGUUUGUUCAGCCGCUUUUAGAGAUUGUAUUCGGCAACAUCAAAACCUCCUUGCAUUCUGCCAAGUAGUGGAUGAAGUGUUCAGAAUCAUUAUGCUUCUGCAAGUGUUUAUAUUUAGCAUCUUAGUGUGUUUAACUGGAUAUCAAUUACUCUUGGAGGGCUUGAAUCUUUCAGUACGCGUUUCUUUCGUAUCUCUUUUAAUGACAGGUAUGUGUCAAUUGUGGGUAUUCACAUACAGUUGCAAUACGAUGUCAAAUGAAAGUAUAAGCGUUACUGCAGCUGUGUAUGCAUCCCCAUGGAUACAUCUGUCUAUGGAUAAAUAUGGGAAAAUGAUACGAAAAGAUGUGCAAUUUGUCAUUAUGAGGUCGUCACAAGCCUGUCACAUCAAUGCUUGGCGAUUUUUUCCUAUUUCCCUUGAAACAUAUACCAAGAUAAUCAGUACCUCGAUGUCGUAUUUAACGAUAUUGAGACAAAGUAUGGAUACAUAAUUCUGUAUUUAUUAGUAGGUACUUGUUAAAUAGAUGCAAAGAUAUCGUGUAAAGAAGCAGUAAGAUCUAAUUAUAAUAUUAGACGGGAAAUGCUAAUGUUUGUAUAGCUCACUUAUGUCUAGCAAAAUGAAUAAAAUACGGUAUACCCAAAAAAUAUUUAAGUAUCUAUAUAAUUUUCAAACACACGUGGGUGUUACAGGUACUUACUACGUUUUUGAUUAUCAUCCCUUCCCUGCACCAUUAGAUAAUUGGAUACUAAAAAUCCAUCCAGUUACUUCAAACAAUCAUAUUCUACUGUAGAACAAGCACAACACCCCAUUAAAAAAACACUUUGUUCCAAAAAAAUCAUAUUCCACCCCAUUGACAUGAUCGCUUCAGACAUUCUUUCAAUACUAAAUCCCUCCCCUACAGUCAUCUACCCAGCAUGUAGCUACUAUUUAGUACAUCGAAAAUUCUCUAAUAGCGUAG